CCAAAGCUUCUUUUUGUAAAUCUGAAAAGCAAAAAUUGUCAUUGGGUCAGUACACUUUCAAAUGGUACUAAUAUGCACCCUUUUGGGGUAAAUAAGACACAACGGUGUACCCCUUAAAAGAGUACUGUCCCAGGGACAGCUUUUGUACCUGUUUUCCUGAGAGUGUUCAGAUAUACUGCUAAUGACCUUUUGAGUGGGACAAAAGGUAAAAAAUAUUUUAAAACUGGUCAAUACAGCAGUCAGGCAUAAAACGUUUAUGUAGACAUGCCCCGAAAAUAUCAUAAGAGUUACGUUUAACAAAGUUUUGAAACAAUUCCUCAAAAUGAGCAGCAGGUGGCGCGAAAGACACGUGUGAAACUCCACAUGAUUCUCUUUGUUUUGACUGAGAACAAAAGUAGCGGCCGAACUCAAACUGUCAUUGUGUGUGAGGAAAAAUCCCCCAAACACGAAAAACGGAGGACACAGAGCUCAUGCUGGAGAGAUGAUGAUACUGUGAUAGACUACAGUCAGUCACACGACACACGAGUGUUUGUUUUUUAUUGUGUGUCACCCCUGAUUCAAGUGUGUGUGUGCGUGUGCGCGCGUGUGGAUGCGACGGGACUUCCACGGAUCUGCGCGUCUGCAGUGACAGAAGAGAGUUUCUUCAGAACAUCAUGAGAUUGUGAGGUCAGUAAGGAAUCAGCCAUGGCAGAAACCGACAUUGACAAAUCUCAUCUGCCCGGUGUUUAUGACGUGUGCCAGUGUUUCUCUGUGUUAGAGGACGGUGCUUUGGCUCACAGUCUUCAAGAGCAGGAAAUUGAGCAGUUCUACAGCACCAACAUCCAGAAGAACCAGGCGGUGCAGAGCGAUGUUCGUUUAGCCCGGAGGCUGCAGGAGGAAGAGGAACAGCGAGCGGAUCUUCACCAGGACCUGCGGCAACUGGAGGAAGAGGACUGCAGAUAUGCACAGAUGAUCCAGGAGGAGCUUCAGAGGUGUGCGGAAGAGACCAGGAGGCGAGAGAAAGAGGAUGAGGAAAUCGCAAAACAGCUACAGGAAGAAGAAGAAAUGGAGAUGAGAAGGAUGAGGGCUGCCGCUGGUUACGAUGGCAACGACUGUGUUUCUCCACUCUGCGAAGGUUUGGGAAUCUGGGAGCAGGUGCUUCAGGAUGCUGAGCUGGCCCGUAGACUUCAAGAGGAAGAGGAUAUGCUGCCUCACAGAGAGCAGUUUCCUCAGAGCUCUGGAUCAGAGGUGGACUUCAUUGCGGCUCAAGUAGCCCAAGAUGAGGAGAUCGCCCACUACAUGCAGCGCCAUCCGAGAAGAGUCAAAAACAGGCCUCAAGACCUAGAGAUCCAGCCCAGACCUGCUGAACCAAGAGAUGAAGGAAACACCACAACCAGGAAGGCUCUUCAGAUGUUGCGAGAGAGGCUGAACUCAGACGGACUGCAUUCACCUGUGGAAGAGGAAGAUUACACCAUUGAAAACCAUCUAGCAAGCCCAUCAUGCACUGCGCUCCGAAACCAACACAUACACAACAUUGCAGAGGAACUGGACCCAACGUUCAAGGCGAGGAAACGCGAGAGCCAAAUUUCCACCAGCCCCCCGUCAGCAGGUCUAUGUUUGGCCCCUCGAAACCCGCACAGUAUCUUUUAUGACUAUUUACCAGAACCCACCUUCAUACCACCAACGAAACGGCAGAGCGACAAAGCAGGACGUCACAGAGCCAAAGACAAGAAAGAGAACUGCAAACAACAGUGAACAUGUGACUAACUCAGCAUUGUCUUUUGAGUGUCUAAACAAGUAUUGUAUAAUCCAAUUUACGGACAGAUUAAUCUAACAUGACUUCAACAUGAUGUUGUAAAGGGAUCACACAACAUGACAGCAGCAAGGGAGAUGUACAUAAUUAAAGAUAAACACUCACUUUUAACUUGUCAAAAAACAUACUGAGUCAAAGCUCCUUCAUUAUAUGAUGAUUAAAAACCUGUUUUUCAAAUGCAUGCAGUGACAGGUCUGUACAACAUGGUCAUUUUUUUAAUCUCUCUGUUGCUAAUUGCACAUAUGCACAACAAACACUAGCAGAGAGUGCUGAAGGGAUGACACAUUUGUUGUAGGUCAAAGUUUAGAAAUGAGUUAGCAUUUUAACACUUACGGUUCCAUCGUUCUUACAUCAAUGGGGUUUUGGUUAAAUAAGGACCAUUUCGCUAGAUGUAAACAACACUGGUCCAGAAGCGCUUCCUGUUUUUUGUUUUUUAUUUGUUUUUUAUUUCACAUAUACAAAUACAUCUUAAAGGUGCUAAUGUAACAUUUUCAUCCAGUCAAAUGUUAUGUUGGUUGUAUUUUUUUGUGACGCUUACUUUAUUUUUUGUAAAGUAAAAAAAAAAAAGAAACAGGAAGUGUAUCGGGACCAGUAUGUUUACAUCUAGCGAAAUGGUCUUAUACAACAUCAAAUACAUCAGUAAGGUUACUACCUCCACAUUGUGAUUGUUUAAGCUUUUACUUUGCUAGACGGUUGCUAACAAGUGGCUUUUUAAAUUAUUUAAAUUAUUAUCGAAGAUGUAGAUGGCUUUAUUUCCUCAGGUGAAAUAAAGGUGGCUUUUAUUUUUUUCUUUAUUUGAACCAGUUUGUAAAAUCGGACUGAACCGUCUCAAACAAUUCGCGGCUUGAACAGCACAGAAUCUACAAGUUACUCCAUAAAAAGUCACUUUCGGACGCCUGACUGUCACCCCAACUCGAAAUGAUCCAAAAUACAGUCGCAUUUGAUCCUGUGAUGCUGGUUUUUGCCGCUCCAUUUCGUCAACAAUCGGUGAAACGAUUCCGACUCGGACCGAAGGCAUGGUUGCCAGAUUUUCACAAGAAAAAUCGCCCAAACGCGUUUCGAGGGAGUUCCCCUGUUAAAAGUCGCGUUCUCGGGGAUAAAAUACACAUUUUUUCGUCGGGGUUCCCCUGGUAAAUUCGUAUUUAAUGGGCUAAAUAUGACGUUAUUUGGGUUGCUUCAACCCGCGGGAAAACCGCGUACUUGGCAACACUAAGGCCUAUGAGCCGCUGAUCUGCGCAUCUGCUGAAUGAAAGGGCGAAAUCAACUUUUUUUAUGAUUUCUCAUUGUUUUUUUUUUGUAAAAAGGUGAUCUAAUGAAGCCAUGUUUAUUCACUUUAUAUGCUUUAGGCGUAAAACAUCUACGUUUCACAUCAUUAUUGGGUGCUAUCGCUUCAGUAAUUAAUCGUGUAACGUCAUUGCGUUACUGUCCGAAAGAAAAGAAAAAUGUCCGGAAUCAAUUCAGGAGCCAUGGGUAUUAAUUUUGUGUUAUUUGACAAAUACCCCCCCCCCCCAACAAAAAAUAAACAAUUGCUUUUUUUAUUAUUAUUAUUAGGUCGAGGGAAUCAGUGUGAUGCUUGCUUUCAGGUUAGUUUACAAAAAAUACAUAAUCACUGCAGCACUCGUAACCACCUUAUUCUUUAACACGGAAGUAAGCCUGUGGGUGAGACUUCUGGUUUAUUAUCCGCUAUAGGGAAAUAACGAGAAGGAUAACAAUGUGCAAUUGUAAGCUGUUUACAAACAAAUUAAAAUAAUAUUGUAAAACACACCAAUUUGCAAUAUGAAGUAGCAAAACGAGUUGUUUUGUACAGCUAAAAAAUAGCUGAAGCCACACCCAUAAAAUUUACAAAUGGCUCACACCCACUCUUCCGGGAAGAAAAAGGUGGAUAUGUUUUGCUUUUUACUUCUGGCGAUUGCAUGUAGGCUUUAAAAUGCAAGCUAUGUUCAUUUGUGAAGAUUAUAUUGAACAAAACGUGCAAUAAUCAGCUUUUGUUGCUUUUGUUCAGAGCUUGUUUUCCAAAAUCCAACUGAGUUCACAAUUCUGAUUUUAUAACAUGCAAUUGCGAGUUAGGUCAGAUUUUUAGGGGAAAAAAGACUGAUCUGUUUUUAGAAUUACAAGUUUAUAUCUCACAGUUUUGACUUAAUAACUUGCAAUUCUUAAUGUUUUAAAGUCAGAAUUGUGAGAUAUGAACUUGCAAUUCUGAGAAAAAGUCACAAUUAGUAUUUUUUUUUUUUACAAUUGCAAGUUUAUUAUUUUUUCUCCAAAUUCUGUGAUAUAAACUUGCAGUUGAAAGAAAAAGUCAGAACUGCAAGAUAAAAAAGUAGCAUUUACCUUUCUUAAAUUUUUUAUUCUGUGGCAGAAACAGGCUUCCAUAUGAUACUGAUUUUCAGGUUGGCCUACAAUAAUAAAUCAUCACUGCAGCACUCUAUUGCGUAUAGUGAUGCUUCACAAUAUGGUUUCUUAAUAUGGUUUCUUAAUAUUCUCACAAUAUGGAGGCAUCUUUGUUGACAAUCAAACACCUGCUAAGAGAAACAUAGUGGUGACCUUUUUAACAUGAUCUGACAAGUCUGGGAAUAUCCCACAUCUGAAUUUGAGUAGAACGCAGCAUACACUGUGAUUAUAAACAUGACUGUCAAGGUGAAAUUGUGAUGCAAGAAUGAAUAAUAGUUUUUUCAUCUUUAAAUAUUUGUUUAGUCAUUAAAUGUACGUGGAGUGGAAUAACAUCUUUGUUAACUAAAACACGUUUUUAAAAAAAUGGGGCAGAAAGAGAAGACAUUAAGAUCUUUUAUGUUGGUAUAGUGGAUAUAAUUCCUCAUUUUUGCUAUCUUUGUGUUGUGCCACAAAUCGCCUUAUUUCUGCAUUUUCCAAGGGUUUUAGUGCACAUUUGUUUUGGAAAUUCGUGUUCCUCAUUUUCAGUUCUACAAAAACAGCAGCAAAUGAGCUGUGUUUGCUUAUGUUAUUGGGAAACAUUCAUCUGAAGGUCAGAGGUCAGAAAAGACCCUGAGUCUUUUACCAGCAUGGUGAAAAUUCAGGGGUUUUGCAGUUGGAAAUUCAGUGGAUUUGAAUUAAUGCUAUGCAGGGGAAUUCUGAUGGUGUUGAAAUAAAAUAUCAAACGCUGUCACAUCCUGACAGCCCACAAUAUUUCAGUGCAGAGGUCUCUGCACCCCCCCACACAUACUCUAACCUUUUGUGCAUGUGCAUUACAUCAGCCACAUGAACGCCUCUGUUCUGAAAGACUGAAAACAAAUGAGCUCGUACUGAGCUUAGAGAUCUCAUAUUUGAGAAGUUCUGUUUUCUUUUCUGUAACAUGUUAGUAUCGUAUGUGCUUUCAUAAUAAAAGACAUCAAAGCACAUUUUACGCAUGAAUGACUAUUU